AUGUAUGGUGACUUCAUCACAAAGAACGCGGGCGCGGUAUCGCAGAUCGAGAGUGCGCUCAGAAGCUUGACAUAUAUAGUUCCUGCGCGCUUCAAAGAUGUCGAACUCGCGUCGGAGUCGCUCCACAGCGGGAUCCAGCUCCUCUCGCUAUACCACGACUCGCUGCUCGCGCGCUCGCCGGCGCUCGCCAACGCUGCUGCCUCGUCCUCCCUGCCGCGCGAAAAACCCUCCCCGCAUAAUCGCUACACUAAAUUCUGGACGACGCGCAGUCCCUCCUACCGUCGCGUCGCGCUGUUGAUCACCAUGAUCCAGUACACCGAGCUGCUGUGGGAGAUGGCCGCCAAGCGCCGCGGGAAGAAGAUGCGCUGGCAUGUUGUUAUUGUGCUCGAGACGGUCAAGGCGCUGUGCAGGCUGCUGUUGCUACGGUUGACGAACUCGCGGCCGUUGCUAACGCCACCGUUGCCUGAGAGGGAGAUUGACCCGGCCGCGCUGGAGGAGAGCAGCGUUUUCGAGCCCGAGUCUCCGCCGCCUGGAGAGGCGACGGGCUGGAAGAUGCCGCGCACGGGAUUGGAACUUCCCAGUCUUCCCAACAGCGGGAAGAUCUCGCAGUACCUCCUCAGCAAGGUGCUGACGGCCGAGGACGUCAAGCCGCCCGCCCAGCUCCUGCACCGCAUCCGCGGCACCGGUUACCUCGCCGAGGUGCUGUACAUCCUUCGGCCGGUGGUGUACGCGGUCGCGAUGAAGCGGUUCGCCAACGACCGCAAGAGCUGGACACCGUGGUUACUCGGGUUCUCGCUCGAGUACGCUGCGAGGCAGAUGACGAAGCGCGAGCUCGAAACGAGUGUACCGGGUGGACUACGGGGUUUGACGCAGCUGGAACGAGACGAGCUCACAAGAAGGGCUUGGGCAAUGGGCUGGUGGGGUGUUCGUGGUGCUUUCUAUGAGAAUAUCACCGGACCGUUCCUGCAGGGCAUCUCUGGUAGGCUCAAUAACCAACCGGUACUCGGCCUGCUUGGCGGCGUCCUCGAGGAUUACCAGUACCUCUGGGACAACUAUUAUUUCUCAUCCGCGACACUAUAG